AUGAGAACUUUACAAUUAAGUGUGAUUAUCCUUGUCAUGGCCGCGGUUGUUGUUAAUGCCCAGGAUAAGUGGGUAUGGUCGAAGGGUAAACAUCAAAAAGCGGCCGGCUAUUAUCCCUCCGCCAGUAAAAAAGUUUACUAUACUGAGGAGGGAGAGUCGGAGAACUAUGCCCGCCGUGAUCGCGAACCGACCACAAGGAAACCUUUACCCGGUGAGCUGCCCAAUGAUGACAUUGAUGAUUAUGCGGAUGAUAGUGAGACACCGCCCACCAAACAAAAUAAUCCCUAUCCCACAGGAGGAGGUGGUGGUGGUGGUGUGGGCCCCUUACAACCUGGUUUUGGCGGUGGAAGUUUUAAUAGAUUUCCACAAUUUGGUGGUGGUUCAGCGAAUUUCCCUGGUAUUUUAGUGGGCCCUGGAGGACCAACCGGUGUCAUUGGACGUCCCCAAACACAAUUUCCUCAGCAACCCGGUUUUUCUGGUUUUCCUGGUUAUAAUACACAGAAUUUUGUGGGUGCUGGAAAUCCUGGUUAUAAUCCACAAUAUUUGGGACAACAGCAACCUGGAUUUGCAGGAGCGUAUCCUCAACAACAAUUUGGUGCAGUAGCACCGCCACCACCACAACAACAAUAUCCACAAUUUACCGAAGGUUAUGGCUUGUUGGGUUACAAUCAGGCACCCAAUGGAUUUGGUGGACCAAAUCCACUUGGUUUUAAUGGUGGUGGAUUUCCUCCCAAUUAUCCUGGCGGUAAUGGUUAUCCCAACUAUGAUGAAUACUCGGGAAAAAGUGCCAAUGUCAAGGCCAGUAGUGGUGCCGCGGGGGCUGAUAAAAAAAUCGAUGAUAAAGUAAAUAAAAAUCUGAAACGUCUUUAG